UUCACAUCUCCUACUCUUGCCUUCUCUACCUCCUAAUGGACUUGCCGGUCAUGAAUUCCGGUGACCGGAAAACCCAAUACCGAAUUAAGGCCAAGAACCUCUCAUAUAGACUACGCCUGAGAGAGAGCAAACUUGGUCGUUUUGGAUGGUGGGAGGAGCCCCAUAACAGAAACAAAUACAUUCUAAGGAAUGUGAGUUGUGAAGCCAAACCUGGGGAAGUCACGGCAAUUGCAGGUCCCAGUGGGGCUGGAAAGACCACACUGUUAGACAUUCUAGCCGGAAUGAUCACAAGAGUCUCCGGUCAUGUUCUCGUAAACGACCAGCUAAUGAAUGCUGCACAUUUUCGCAGAGUAUCUGGUUAUGUGACACAAGACGAAGCCCUCUUCCCGCUUCUCACUGUCGAAGAAACCCUCAUGUUUAGUGCCCGUCUGCGGCUCCAGGGCGGGCUCCACAAGGCAGCAACCAGAGUCAGAGAGCUGAUGAAGGAGCUUGGAUUAGAACAUGUUGCCCGAAUGCGAAUUGGAACCGAAUCACGGCGUGGAAUUUCUGGUGGUGAAAAGCGGAGGGUAUCCAUUGGCGUUGAUCUUGUCCACAACCCAAAUGUUGUCAUGAUCGACGAAGCAACUUCAGGGCUUGACUCGGCUUCAGCUCUCCAUGUCGUUUCUUUGCUUAAAUCCAUGGCUAAGAAUCAAGGUAAGACGAUUGUCCUAACCAUCCACCAACCUGGAUUUCGAAUUCUUGAGCUGUUUGAUAAUAUUGUGCUCUUAUCCAAUGGGAUUCUUCUGCACCACGGGUCGUUGCAGCUCCUAGAGGAGAGGCUAAAGUUUUCAGGGCACUGCAUUCCUCGGCAUGUCAAUGUGCUUGAAUUCGCCAUUGAUGUGGUGGAAAGCCUCAAAAUAGAUACCGAAGGGGACGAUACCGAAACCAAUGAAACAGAAGAAGAAUAUCGUCAUCUCAGAAAAAUCUUCAGUUUGGGUAAUGAAGUAGAGACGCAAACAAUUUACCCAAAUUCUCGAUUCGUAGAGGUAUUCAUUCUGAGCCAGAGAUUCUACAAAAAUGUAUUCAGGACCAAGCAGCUGUUUACUGCAAGAGUAUUACAGUCAUUGAUUGCAGGCAUUCUACUAGGGACAGUUUUCAUGAAUGUGAACAAUGACCCUAAGAAAUUUAAACUUCAGACACAAUUAGGGUUUUUCGCCUUCAGUCUCACCUUCUUGUUGUCUCCCACAACAGAAGCACUUCCUAUCUUUCUAGAAGAGAGGAGAAUUCUAAUGAGGGAAACCUCCAGAGGAGCCUAUAGAGUUUCUUCUUAUGUUAUCGCAACCACUACCGUGUUUCUUCCUUUCCUUCUAAUUGUGGCUCUUCUCUAUACAAUCCCGGUUUAUUGGCUAGUCGGAUUGAGGAGAGAUUUCAACGGUUUCCUAUAUUUCUCUCUGGUGGUUUGGCUAGUUGUUUUGAUGUCAAACUCCUUUGUCACAUGUUUUGGUGCACUGGUGCCAAAUUUCAUCAUGGGGGCUCCUUUGAUUGCAGGCACUAUGGGGUCUUUUUUCCUCUUUUCUGGGUAUUUCAUAUCGAAGGAUGACAUUUCGAGGUGCUGGAUUUUUGUGUAUUACUUGAGUUUGUUCAGGUACCCGUUUGAGUGUUUUAUCAUAAAUGAGUAUGGUGGAGAGAAAGGGAAAGGGAGAUGCUUGGAGAGUGUGGGAGGAGAUUGCUUAUUGGAUGGCAAUGGCUUCUUGAUGCAACAAGGUUUGAAUGAGACACAAAAGUGGAGCAAUUUAACAGUGAUGUUGACCUUCAUUUUGGGGUACAGAAUACUUUGUUUCUUAAUUCUGUGGUACAGAUCUUCCAGAAUGAGAAGUUAGCAGGAUCUUCAGGUAAGAAUAAGUGUAGUUUAGAGAGGAAGACGUGUUUCUUCUUCUCUUCGGUUAUCAUUAUUAGUUCUUUGUUAGGAUAUUAAACACCUUUUCAACCUGAUUCUGUUUAACUUUCUUAUAUUUAGUAUUGCAAUGACUAAUCUAACUUCAGAGUUGGAAA